AUGAAUGUUGCCCGCCUGAACUUCUCCCACGGCGACCACGAGGGUCAUGGGGCCACCCUGGACCGGCUGCGGGAGGCUCUGGCGACCAGGCCCGGGGUGCACGUGGCCGUGAUGCUGGACACGAAAGGUCCUGAGAUCCGCACAGGCUUUCUGGGCAGUGCCAAGACUGUGGAGUACAAGAAGGGGAGCAUCGUGGAGAUCGUGACCGACUACUCCAUGCCUGGGAACAGCGAAAUCAUCGCCUGCUCCUACUCGGACCUGCCCACGACCACCAAGGUGGGGGCUACCAUUUUGGUCGCCGACGGGUCCUUGGUGCUGAAAGUGACGGAAUUGCGAUCGUCCUCUGUCAUGGCUGAGGUCCAAAACACCGCCGUGAUUGGGGAGCGCAAGAACAUGAAUUUGCCGGGGGCGAUCGUGAACCUCCCCACGUUGACCGAGAAGGACGUGGCGGAUCUCACCGAUUUUGGGAUCCCGCAGAACGUGGACUUCAUCGCCGCCUCCUUCGUGCGGAAAGGCUCGGACAUCGACUACAUUCGCAGCGUUCUGGGAGAGGAGGGGUCCCACAUUAAGAUCAUCGCCAAGAUCGAGAACCAAGAGGGCUUGCACAACUACGAGGAAAUCUUAGACAGGACUGACGGCAUCAUGGUCGCACGCGGUGACCUCGGCAUGGAAAUCCCGCCGGAGAAGGUCUUUUUGGGACAGAAAAUGAUGAUCAACAAGGCCAAUAUCCGCGGCAAACCCGUCAUCACGGCCACGCAGAUGCUCGAGUCCAUGAUCAAAAACCCGCGGCCGACCCGGGCGGAGUGCACGGACGUGGCCAAUGCGGUCUUGGAUGGGACGGAUUGCGUCAUGCUCUCGGGUGAGACCGCCAACGGGGAUUUCCCGACUGAAGCGGUCACCAUCAUGGCCAAGAUCUGCCGGGAGGCGGAGAGCGCCAUGAAUUACAACCAGCUCUCCAACACGAUGCGGAACACGGUCAUGGCCUUCAUGGGCCACAUGCCGGCGCCGGAGUCGGUGGCGUCCUCGUCCGUGAAAACCGCCUUCGAUAUCGACGCCAAGAUGAUCGUGGUGUUGACGGAAACGGGGAACACAGCGCAAUUGAUCGCCAAGUAU